AUGAACACCGUAAGGUCUACCGCGUACGGAUGGGGCGUUCUCAUCGUCGCCGGCGGCGGUGCCUACUACUUCGCGAAGAAGGAGAUCAACGCCGAGCGCGCCGAGAAGGCAGCUGCCGACCGCCGCAAGCGUGAGAUGCAAGCGCGCCUCGAGGCGCAGGCCUACGGCAACGGCUCCAACGGCGGCGCCAACCCUAGCCAGGAGGCCAGCCAGGACCCUGCGCCGACACGACACGCACCCGAGAAUGCGGGGCAGCAGGUCUUCGAGAAGAGCAAGUACGAAGCGAACGAUCCGUUCCGGAGCAGGAAGGGAGACCGCUUCAGUUGA